CUGAGCGUUGCGUCGCUGCAUGCCUCGAGCACCACUACAAGCCCUCCGCCGCGACCAUCGACGUCCGUCGCGCCUCCAAGAUUGCUCCGCGAGCCUGUGAAUGGCCCCGGGUAUAAUGUGCUUCGGCAAGAAACCAGUCGACCCUGAGAGUCGCCGAAAUGAGGAGAUCGAGAAGGUCAUCCGGAAUGACAAGAAGAAGCAGCAGCGCGAGGUUAAGCUGCUGCUACUCGGUGCUGGCGAGAGCGGCAAGUCCACCGUGCUGAAGCAGAUGCGCAUCAUAAACGCCGGCGGCUUCAACAAGACCGAGCGCAAGCAAUGGCGGGCCAUUAUCUUCAACAACCUGGUCUCCGCCUUCCAGACCAUCUUUGCCGCCAUGCAGGAGCAGGAGACCGACUUCGAGGACGACGACAACUUGCGCUACGCCGAGCUCAUCACUGCCGAUCCUGAGAUUGGCAUCGAGGACGGGAUGCCGCAGGAGUGUCUCGCCGCAUUCAACAGCCUGUGGGCAGACAAGGGCGUGCAGCUGGCCAUUUUAAAGGGCAACCAGUACGCGCUGCAUGAUAACUUGAGCUACUUCUUCGCAGAUGUGGAAAGGCUCUUUGCAAGAGAAUAUCUGCCCACAGACCAAGACAUCCUCCGCACGCGGUUACGGACAACCGGUAUAACGGAAACUAUAUUUGAGCUAGGAAACCUCACGUACCGCAUGUUCGAUGUAGGUGGGCAGCGGUCCGAGCGGAAGAAGUGGAUUCACGUUUUCGACAACGUGCAAGUCGUCCUUUUCCUAGUGGCAAUCAGCGGUUACGACCAUGUGUUGGUGGAAGACCGGAAUGGCAAUCAAAUGCACGAAGCCCUAAUGCUCUUCGAGUCCAUAUCCAAUUCGAAGUACUUUGAAAAAUCAGCUCUUAUUCUGUUUUUGAAUAAGAUUGAUCUUUUCCGGGAAAAGAUUGCGGGCGGCAUGAGCCCGAUAAACAAGGUGUUCCCGGAUUACAACGGGAAGCCGACCGACAUCGAGGCUGGACAAGAGUUCUUUGCCAACAAGUUCCGAAAUUUGGUACGGCAACCGAAGAAGGAGGUCUACGUUCACUAUACCAACGCGACCGACACCAAUCUUCUGAAGAUCACCAUGCAGUCAGUACAGGACAUGAUCGUCCAGCGCAACCUCAACGCCCUCAUCUUGUAAGCACCCCCUUACUACACAACUGGGGCAGUCGCCCUUCUCUUGGACGAACGCCAAGUCUUGGUCUCGCUCAAUUGAUUGCUUUUAUUGCACGCACACUGGAACACCUAAGCCGUGGGCCGCCAUGUACUGCACUCAACACUACAACUUUGCCCUCAUCGGACUCCAUUUGGACCGGUCUAUAAGGCAUCUGACGGUCAUUCACUGACUGUGUUCGAGCCACGGCAAUGGCCCCAAAGCCCCUGGAUGAUUUCUCGGUCCGCCCUUCACGCACGCGCCCUUACGUUACAUACCCUCGAUAUCCCGUCCGUUCUUCGAAAGUUUAUUCAUGUUUGUGUUAGGAUGAGAUGAUUGGACGAUCUGCUCGACUUGCUUGGAGC